CAAGAUGGCGCCCGCGGCCGCUGCCAGCUGCCAAGAUGGCGGCACGGGAUCGCGCUCGCGGCUCCCCUCCCCCCGAGGCCUCCGGGAGGCCGGGAGCGCGACGCGCGUCGCCGUGCGCCGGUUGCCCUGCGGCCUGGGUGGUGGUCCCGGCCACUUCUAGCCCCGCGCCAUGCGGCUCCUCGGCUGGUGGCAGGUCCUGCUGUGGGUGCUGGGGCCUCCCGCCCGCGGCCUGGAGGUUCCAGAGGAGAGCGGUCACUUGCAGUCGGAGGAGCAGCGUGCUCACGCUCUGCAGGCGGGAGCUGUGUCCGCGAGUGAGGAGGACCCCUCGCGCGGCCCCGUGGGGCACGACAAGCCCGCGGGAAAGGCCGGCGCUGUGCUGGGGCUGGACGCCGAUGGCGACCACGUGGUGCUGCUGUCCGUGAUCCCCGGCGAGACCGAGGACAAGCUGAGCCCCGAGCCCAGCGGCGGCACCUGCGGGGCCCGAGGGGAGGAGGACUCGCGGUGCAGUCUCCGAGAGCACCUCUUCUCUCUGGACGGCGGGGGGGCCAGUUUCCAGGACAGAGAGGACGAGUAUUACUCAGAGCCGGAAGUGGCCGAAUCCGACCCGGCGCCACCCGAGGACGCCAAUAACACGGAGAGUCUGAAGUCCCCCAAGGUGAACUGCGAGGAGAGAAAUGUGACGGGACUAGAAAACUUCACUCUGAAAAUUUUAAAUAUGUCACAGGACCUUAUGGAUUUUCUAAACCCAAAUGGUAGUGACUGCACACUAGUCCUGUUUUACACCCCGUGGUGCCGAUUUUCUGCCAGUUUGGCCCCUCAUUUUAAUUCUCUGCCCCGGGCAUUUCCAGCUCUUCAUUUUUUGGCACUGGAUGCAUCUCAGCACAGCAGCCUUUCUACCAGGUUCGGCACCGUAGCUGUUCCUAACAUCUUACUAUUUCAAGGAGCUAAACCAAUGGCUAGAUUUAAUCAUACAGACCGAACAUUGGAAACACUGAAAGUCUUCAUUUUUAACCAGACAGGUAUAGAAGCCAAGAAAAAUGUGGUGGUAACUCAAGCUGACCAAAUAGGCCCUCUUCCCAGCACUCUGAUAAAAAGUGUGGACUGGCUGCUUGUAUUUUCCUUAUUCUUUUUGAUUAGUUUUAUUAUGUAUGCUACCAUUCGAACUGAGAGCAUUCGGUGGCUAAUUCCAGGACAAGAGCAGGAACAUGUGGAAUAGUGAUGGACUGAAAGGAGAAGUCGGAACGAGGAAUUUCAGAAAUUAAUGCUGCACUUUCUUACAUUUUCUCCAGUCAAGUGUAGACUUACAGCUUCAGUCAGAUUAAAAGAAUCAUGCAUUUGUUGAACUGUUGAAUGUGUUAAAAAAUUAUAAAUUGGUGUUUUAAUUAGUACCACAAAAAGCAAAUGCAAAAAUAUUCAGUAGAACUCACCAUUCUUGUUUUUACUAAUCCAAUAUUUUAAGGGAGUGAUCCAGUUUCAAAUGGGAGUGUGUUCACGUGGAAUAGUGGAUAGAGUGACAGUUGGCUUCAUAGAAGGAAGAAGUAGGACUUUUCACAUUAUGGUUUUAGAAAAGUCUUGAUUCCUUAUAUAUGUUUAAGAAGGUUGGUUUCUGUUCAUUUGCAGUUUUUCUCUCAGAGCCUGUAAGUAGGAAAGUGUUCUGUUGUGGAAGAAGAACUAGAAUUGGCAAGUGUGACCUUCUGAGUAACUGAUGGGAAAAUAAAAGAGUCAGGUACUU